UCUUGAAUGGGUCGAGUCAACGGCAAUCGCAAAUGGGAAAUAAUAUUGCCCAUAAAACACUACACUAGUUCGUAGCCGUAGAGGUGAAGAAAACAACAUCAAAAUUCAUUUCACAAAUCAGCACCCUCUGCAACUCAAUUCUCAGAUAAUCCCUUUCUUCGCUUUUUUUCUCUUUGAUCCAUACGAAAUAAAACGGUGUUUUAAUCAAUCGUUUCAGACCAAAAAAACAAAAAAGGAAACUUUGAUUUGAUUGAUGAAGAGUAUGUAUGUGAAAUUGUGAAUUGAUUUGUGGGGGGUAAAAUCGGUAUAUAGUGGAUGGUAUUCUCACUGAUAAUGGGUGUGGGGGGUUCAAAGUUGGAGAAAGCUUUGGGCGAUCAUUUCCCCGAAGGCGAACGCUACUUCGGCUUCGAGAAUUUCGGCAACACUUGCUAUUGCAACAGCGUUCUCCAGGCUCUUUACUUCUGUGUACCGUUUCGUGAACAAUUGCUGGAGUAUUAUUCAAAUAACAAAAGCCAAGGCGACGGAGAUGAAAAUCUCUUAACAUGUCUAGCAGAUCUAUUCUCACAGAUAAGUUCACAGAAGAAGAAAACAGGUGUAGUAGCUCCGAAGCGCUUUGUACAAAGACUAAGAAAAGAAAACGAUGUUUUCCGAGGGUACAUGCAUCAGGAUGCUCAUGAAUUUCUGAAUUUCUUGCUAAAUCAACUAGUUGAAAUUCUCGAAAAAGCGCCUCACAAAGUUAAAGGUGAGGAUGUUCCAAAUGGGCCAUGCAAUGGUGGUCAGGUCAACGGCCUUGUUAAGCAGGAACCACCCAUUACUUGGGUCCACAAUACAUUUCAGGGUAUUUUGACAAACGAAACAAGGUGUUUAAGGUGCGAGACAGUUACUGCAAGAGACGAAAUAUUCUUGGAUUUAAGCAUCGAUAUUGAACAGAACAGUUCAAUAACAAGCUGCCUCAAGAAUUUCAGCUCCACAGAAACCCUCAAUGCCAACGAUAAAUUCUUCUGCGACAAAUGCUCCAGUUUGCAAGAAGCCCAGAAGAGGAUGAGGAUAAAGAAACCACCUCGUAUACUUGUGAUUCAUCUCAAGCGAUUCAAAUUCAUGGAACAGCUAAACAGACACAAGAAAUUAUCAUAUCGUGUCGUUUUCCCAUUGGAGCUGAAACUGAGCACAACUGUGGGAGAUGCUGAUUCUGAGUACUCUUUGUUUGCUGUGGUGGUUCAUAUAGGGAGUGGGCCUAACCAUGGGCACUAUGUUAGCCUCGUAAAGAGUCACAACCACUGGCUGUUUUUCGAUGAUGAGAAUGUUGAGAUUAUCGAUGAGUCUGCUAUACAAACGUUUUUCGGUUCGGCACAAGAAUAUUCCACCAAUACGGAUCAUGGGUAUAUUCUCUUCUAUGAAAGCCUUACUGCCGAUGACAAACAAUGAACAGAAGUUCAUCUAACCACAGAAACCCCCAUUCUCUCCUUUUUUUUCUCGGUUUUCGGUUUUUUUUUUUUUUUUUUUUGCGCAUAAUGGACACUCGAAACGACACUACAUUUGGUUUCAAGUGUAAACAAUAUGGGAAUGAUUUGGGAAACAAUAAUUGGGGAUGUUUAUUAUUUAUCCGAAUUUUGUAUGGAAAUUCAUUUGGACAAAAUGUUUGUAUAGUGUUGGAACUUGUAAAAGGUUAUGAAUUUGACUGACCGUUUUCCCGGUAAAGAUUUACCGAUA